ACCCACCUGUGCCCAGCAGUGCACCCACCUGUGCCACUCUGCAGUGCCACCUACCUGUGCCCAGCAGUGCCACCCACCUGUGCCCACCCACCUGUGCCCACCAGUGCCACCCACCUGUGCCCACCCACCUGUGCUGCCCACCAGUGCCACCCACCAGUGCAGCCCAGCAGUGCUGCCAGUCAGUGCCACCAGUCGGUGCCCAGGGGUUGUGCCAGUCAGUGCCGCCAGUCAGUGCCCAGCAGUGAUGCCACUCAGUGCCGUCUAUCAGUACCCAUCAUCAGUGUCACCUAUCAGUGCCGCCUAUCAGUGCUGCAUAUCCGUGCCACCUCAUUAGUACUGCCUAUCAGUGCCCUUUAG